AUGGACUGGUAUUUCUGGUUACUAAUUGCUUUAUUUGUCUUGUUAUUCCUUUACUUGAUCUACAUCCCGUUGCCAAAUGAUAUCGCCGAUCGGAGUACCCUCGCUUUUCUCGAGUUUUGGCUACGAGUCACCAAUGAGUACUUUGCUGAUCUAAUCGAGCUUCUCCUUGGCCCAUGGCAUCGAAACAAUGUUCUUCGUGUUGUCACAGCGCUCGUCUUCAGCUGGCCAAGAAAACCACCAAGUUACUUAACAAUAAGUUGGGAUCGAUUGGGUGGAGUUCCCGUGAGAGUCUAUCAACCGAAAUUGAAAAAAUCCAACGCAGCAAUCAUUUUCAUUCACGGUGGAGGAUGGGCAACAAUGCAUGCAAAGUACUACGAUCCAACAAUUUACUCAUUUGUGGAAAAACUCGGUUGUUACGUUUUCUCGGUUGAAUAUCGGCUUUGUCCCGAACAUCCCUUCCCUGCAGCUAUUGAUGAUUGCUCGAAUGUGGCAAAAGCUUUGAUGAAAAAAGAAAAAGAAUAUGGAAUUGAUCCGACUAAAAUUAUCAUCAUGGGUGACAGUGCAGGCGGGAAUCUGACAGCGACGACAACUCUGCGUUUGACGAAUGAGCAUUUAGAGUACCCGAUUAAGGCCCAUGUCAUGAUCUACCCGGUGAUUCACAUGUUCAGCUUUCGAGAUCCGUCUUGUUUGCAGUACUACGCUUUGUACAAUGGAGCUGCAUUGCUAAGUCCUGUUUCAAUGGCUCGCUGGAGCUUGUUCUAUUUGGGAGAAAAAGGAACCCACAGUCAAGUGAAAGAUUUGUUGAAGAAUCGACACAUCAAUCAAAAGAUCCUCUCACUCCCAGAAUUCUCCAAACACAUCCCGAAAGAGCAUCUAGCUCUUGAUGACCCGCUGAAACCAAAUGAUAAGCUAGCUUCAGCUGCUCUUAAAGCAAUGAACCCGGAAAUCAGCCCGAUUUUUGCUGAAACCCUGAAGAAUUUGCCGCCAGCAAUGGUUUUGACAUGUGGAUAUGAUGUGCUUAGGGAUGAAGGCAUCUUGUAUGCCGAUCGUUUGAAAGCCGAUGGUGUGGAGACAAAUUGGAAACACUAUCCAACUGGAUACCAUGGCGUUUUCAACAUGCCUGGAAGUAAAAUAGGCAAACAAAUGCGUGAAGAUAUUGUGGAGUUUUUGACAAAAUAUAUG